AUGUCAUCAUGUAACUGUGCUCGGUCCUCAGCUGUCCCCUUCCCCCUGAGCCACCGCCUUACACUGAAGGAAGUGUUUGACUGCGAAGGGAAACCCCGUGUGGAUCUCCUGAAGGCCCACCUCACCAAGGAGGGCCGUGUAGAGGAAGCUGUGGCCCUUCGAAUCGUCAAUGAGGGAGCCGCUAUUCUGCGUCAGGAGAAAACUAUACUGGACAUCGAGGCACCAGUCACAGUGUGUGGCGACAUUCAUGGGCAAUUCUUUGAUCUUAUGAAGCUGUUUGAAGUGGGAGGAUCACCAGCCACAACACGGUACCUGUUCCUUGGGGACUACGUUGACCGCGGCUACUUCAGUAUUGAGUGUGUUUUAUACCUCUGGUCGCUGAAAAUCCUCUAUCCAAAGACACUAUUUUUACUUCGUGGAAAUCAUGAAUGUAGACAUUUGACAGAAUAUUUCACCUUCAAACAAGAAUGUAAAAUCAAGUACUCGGAGCAGGUGUAUGACUCAUGUAUGGAUGCAUUUGACUGCCUUCCCCUGGCUGCACUCAUGAACCAACAGUUUCUGUGUGUCCAUGGUGGACUCUCACCUGAAAUUCACACCUUAGAAGACAUAAAAAAGUUGGAUCGGUUCAAGGAGCCGCCGGCUUUUGGGCCCAUGUGUGACCUGUUGUGGGCUGAUCCUCUGGAGGAUUUUGGCAAUGAGAAAACCCAGGAAUAUUUCAGCCACAACACAGUGCGAGGCUGCUCCUACUUCUACAGUUAUCCAGCUGUAUGUGAGUUCCUACAGAGCAAUAACCUAUUAUCAAUUAUCCGAGCGCAUGAAGCACAAGAUGCAGGCUACCGGAUGUACCGUAAAAGUCAGACCACUGGAUUCCCAUCCCUUAUUACCAUCUUCUCAGCACCAAACUACCUGGAUGUUUACAACAACAAAGCUGCUGUACUAAAAUAUGAAAACAAUGUCAUGAACAUCCGACAGUUCAACUGCUCACCCCAUCCCUACUGGCUCCCCAACUUCAUGGAUGUCUUCACCUGGUCUCUGCCAUUUGUUGGAGAGAAAGUCACAGAAAUGCUGGUGAAUGUGCUGAGCAUCUGCUCUGAUGAUGAACUCAUGAAUGAUGAAGAUGAGAUCUUUGAUGCCAAUGCAGCUGCAGCACGCAAGGAGGUGAUCAAAAACAAGAUCCGUGCUAUUGGGAAAAUGGCCAAAAUGUUCUCAGUUCUCAGAGAGGAGAGUGAAAAUGUGUUGACGCUUAAGGGCCUGACGCCCACUGGCAUGCUGCCGAGCGGGGUUCUCUCUGGAGGCAGACAGACACUGCAGAGUGCCACCAUUGAAGCCAUUGAAGCCAUCGAGCCACAAGAUGAGGAUGGAGAAGCUAUCCGUGGCUUCUCCCCCCAGCACAAGAUCACCAGCUUUGAGGAAGCUAAGGGCCUUGACCGCAUCAACGAGCGCAUGCCACCUCGCAGGGACGGGGUGAACCAUGUGGGUCACUCCAUGGGAAAGAUGAAUAUGUCAGAGGCAAACGGCACGGAUGACAACAGCAACAUCCAGUGAUGUGCUGUCUGAGCCUCGGAACCAUGCCGCUGUUGCGCUGUGCAGCAAGACAUUGCCAAAUCGGGAGUUCAGGCCUCAGAACAUAGAAAUAAACCAGGCCCACAGACA